ACUGUCCUGGUGGCUCGGUCUUGUGUUGGCCACUCUCCACCUCUGGUACCUCAGUCUGUAUCGCAUCCAGAGGACUCAGGACCUGUUCAUGAGAAGGCUAUAUGAAGGAGGAUUUUUAGAGCAAUCACUGCUUCUAAACACUCGAUUUGACAUCCAGACGACUGCAAAGCAGAAGAAAUUCACACCACUCGACCCGGUGAAGGUAUUCCUAUGUGCGACCAUGUGGCAUGAAACCUACGACGAAAUGAUGAAGAUGCUUAUUUCAAUAUUUCGACUGGACAAGUACAGGCCGAAGAAGGAAGGGGAAAAAAGUGAUGUGAACUUAUCUUAUUAAGCCCAUAUCUACUUCGACGACGCCUUCAGAGAUGUUCCCGGUAGUCAGGGGCGCCACGUCAACGAAUAUGCAGAGAUGCUCGUGGAAAUUAUCAGAGAAGUUUACGGUAUCUUCAUAAACAUCAAUAAAGGCCUCUUCAAAAAGCAGCAGCAGAUCCCUGAUCAGAAGAUCGUGACCACGCCGUACGGAGGACGUCUGGUGGUCACCAUGCCUCAUGGAAACAGUAUCAUGGUUCACUUCAAGGACAAAGAACUCAUCCGCCAUAAGAAGAGAUGGUCUCAGGUCAUGUACCUGUACUAUCUGCUGGGCUGGAAAGUUUCAACGAAGUAUUUCAAAAGGUGGGAGAAAGGAUGGGGUGACGGUGAGCUGAAUAAAGAGUUUGAGGUGAGAUGAGAGAAAACACAUGCACACACAUGAUAUGACCAAGUGCAUACGUUACAAUAUAAUACAAAACUGUGUCUGCUCCUCCAGAAAGAGAAGCACAACACCUACAUCCUGGCUUUAGAUGGGGACACAGACUUCCAGCCGGCUGCUGUGAUGCUGCUCAUCGAUCGUCUGAAAAUGUACCCACGUGUCGGGGCGGCGUGUGGCAGGAUUCACCCCACCGGAUCAGGUCCCAUGGUUUGGUACCAGAAGUUUGAAUACGCUGUGGGCCACUGGCUUCAGAAGACAGCUGAGCAUGUGUUCGGCUGUGUGCUUUGCAGCCCCGGCUGCUUCAGUCUGUUCAGAGCAGCGGCGCUGAUGGACGACAAUGUGAUGAAAAGAUACAGCAUCAAGUCCUCGAAGGCUCAACACUACAUUCAAUACGACCAAGCUGAGGACCGCUGGCUGUGUACUCUGCUGCUAAAGCAGGGAUGGAGAGUGGAAUACAACGCGGCCUCCGACGCCUACACCAAUGCCCCCGAGGAGUUUAAAGAGUUUUACAACCAGCGUCGGCGAUGGGGACCAUCCACCAUGGCCAACAUUGUGGACUUGCUGGGCUCUGCCACCCUGAUUUCCCAGAGGAACCCGUCUAUGUCUAGAACCUACAUGGUCUACCAGCUUUUCAACUUGGCCUCUUCCAUACUGACCCCUUCCACCGUUAUCCUUUUGAUUGCUGGUAGUUUGACUGUGCUGCUUGACAUUCAACCCAACGGUGCGCUGAUCAUGGCUUUGAUACCUCCUGCUAUCUUCCUUGGCAUCAGCUUCAAGAUCAAGCCAGACACUCAGAUUGUUAUCGCAGCAAUCAUGGGCACCCUGUACGCCUUCCUCAUGAUGAUAACAGCCAUUAUCAUAAUAGGCACCAUGGUGAAGGACAAAACCAUCCUGACUCCCUCCAGCUUGUUCCUCAUCGCCCUUGCCAGCUUUUACGUCAUUACUGCACUCAUGCAUCCUCAGGAGAUUGGCCUUGUGUGCUUCGGCUUGCUUUACAUCCUCUGCAUCCCGAGCUCCUACCUGCUGCUGUCGAUUUACUCCAUGGUCAACAUGAACAAUGUGUCCUGGGGCACCAGGGAGACGCCUCCUGCUGCCGCAGCUGCAACACAGGCAGCCAGCGCUCCACAAACCACAGCCCAGAAAGCCAAAAGCACAUUCACAUGGUUCUUCUCGCGGGCCAAAUGCUGUAGAAAACUCUGUUGGAUAGGCAGUGCAGAAGAGCUCAUCGUCAGCCGAGACAUCCAGACUAUGGACGCUCAACCCCAAAACACUGUUGUGGAGGAUGUGAGGAUGCCUGAGGAGGAGCGGAGUUCCGGGCAACAGGAGUCUGCUUUCACUUGCCCUAACCAGAGUUGGGUCACACAACUGCAGAGUUUGUCUGAUGACAUACGCCUGCGGGAGGAUACGCUCGACGAGGAUGAGGAGCAGUUCUUCAGAGAGCUGACAGCCAAAUACCUAGAGCCUCUUUCUGAGAACAAAAAGGAACAGAAAAACAUGGCUAACAAACUCAAGGAGUUCAGAAACAAGAUUACCUUCGUCUACUUCAUUUUUAACACCUUCUGGCUAUUAGCAACGUUCACUCUCCAGCUCUCAAAGUCGCCUGUCUUCAUCCAAGUGCCAAAGGUCGACAUCAACCUGCACUACACUGGAGAGUACAUCACCAUCGGGCCCGUGGGCUUCAUGUUCCUCCUGACCUUUAUCUUCCUGGUUCUCAUCCAGUUCUUAGCCAUGCUGCACCACAGAAUGUGCACCCUGAUCCAUUAUGUGGCCUUCCUGGAUACAGAGUCCAUGUCUGAACAACAAAAAGAGCAACAGUCACUCAAGGAGGUCAAAGAUGACGAAAGCGACGACGGCGAAGAUUUAGUGUUUUCAAGGGUCCUCAACAGCCACGGCGGUGGAACUCUGGUGUAAAGGACGAGGAACCGCACCAUAACCGAAACUAGUUUUUAGCACUUUUAGCUAACUGUCUUAUAUUUAAAUUAUUUUUAAC